CGACGCUGAUCAUUGUUCAUCUGCAACCAAACAAGGAUAGGGUAUCGGUGGCAAGGUAGUGAAGAUCGCACGUCGCGCAUUUCGUACCUGACGAUGCUACUGUACCAUUGUUAUGGCAACAAUGCUAGGCUAUGGUGUCUCCGCUACAGGCUCAUUGUGACUCUAGAAGAUAAGGAUGAUGAUUGGGUGCAAUAGAAGAAGACCUGAAGGAACGUCUUCGUCUGAUUCUGGACUGACUAUCGCAUCUUCAUGCCCUCGAUUUCUAAGAUGGGCCAUAUCAAGGCUUGGUGUAUCGUAUUGGCAGUCAACGCCGCAGCUAGUUUAGCUACCCCAGUCAGGCCUCGUGCACUUGUGUCGAAGUCUACGCCUAUCGAUCUCACAGCUUACUUCAACAAUAAGGCGUUUGGCACUUAUCCUGGAGAAGCAGCAUUUGAUCCUCUGAACCAAUCCUACCCAGCACCUGGGGUCGCUCUUAACGGUUCUUACUCAUCUACCCAGACUGGCAUUAUAUACGACUUCCCUGGCUAUCGUGGCCCACGUAAGCCGGAUAACGUGCUCUGUACAGGCCAAGUAAUUGACGUGCCUGAGCGGAACUACUUCUCAGCCUCUAUACUAGUGGCCUCAGACGUCGAGCUGGAGACCGUGUCAGACAACUUGACCUUUACCUAUCAUGACAAUACUACUUCGACUUCUGAACUAAGGAGCGAGCCUUGGUUUGCAUUCUUGACCAUCAACCGAGGAGAAAUCAUCCUUCCCUACAGGUACACGAGUAACGACACGAACUUCAACACCACACACAUCUACGAAUAUAGCUAUGCGUUACAGAGCGAUAAGGCUCUAGCAUCGAUUUCGCUACCUACUACUACUAAUACAACAACUGGAAGACUACACGUCUUCGCAGUCUCUCUAUGGGAAGGCUCUGGAGUGUCUGUUCAGUCCGUUCGCCCCACACAGAAGUGGAUAGGAAAUGGCACACAAAUCGUCGAAGUCACGGUCAACAAUGCAGGUACGGAGUGCGUCUCGGGUGCUGGACUCAACAUUACCUUAUCAGGUGGCAAUAUUACAGCCGCAAAUCCAGGAUUCCUCAAAAGACUAUGUCCCGGAGAUCAGAAACGGGUCAAUGUUGGUAUCAAAGGUGUAUCCAAGAGUCCUGUAUCUGUGACCCUGAACGACGGGUCGCUGCAGCAAAGUCAAUCCUUCCAUGGGUUGGAGCUUGGGCUCUCGGCAUGGUCUACCGAUCUCGAUAGUCUCGCGCAACACGAGGCACCAGAUUGGUAUGAUGGAGCCAAGUUCGGUAUAUUCAUACACUGGGGUCCUUACGCUGUUCCUGGCUGGGGUAACUCAACGCCUCAUGAGAGCUACGCUGAAUGGUUCUGGUGGUACACCACCCAUCAUCCUGAGGCGGAUGCCUCUGACUUCUAUGAUUACAGACUACGUACGUUCGGCCCAGACUGGAACUACGAUGAUAGUUUUGUCAACUACACUGCUUCAAAGUUUGAUCCGAAGGCCUGGGUGGAUUUGUUCGCAGACGCUGGAGCCAAAUACUUUGUCUUCACCACAAAGCACCAUGAUGGUUUCGCCAACUUCGAUACGGGCGUAACAAGCAAUCGUUCCUCAAUCCACUACGGGCCGAAACGAGACAUACUGGGCGAGUUGUUCGACGCAGCAGCUGAGCAUCAGCCAUCUCUACGCAGAGGCACUUACUUUUCUCUACCAGAGUGGUUCAAUCCGGACUUUGGACCCUACGGCUUCUCUCAGUUAGCCACUGACAGCUCGACCUCCUGGCCAGGCAUGUUAGCCACGAACCCAUACACUGGACUUGACGAGCCAUAUACCGGCCAUGUUCCUGUCAACGACUUCAUAGCCGACGUCAUGGUACCCCAGAUGGAAAUCCUGGCUUACAACUACUCCACCGAUAUCAUGUGGUGCGACUGCGGCGCUGCAAAUGGAACAGCCGACUUUGCCGCGGACUGGUGGAACAAAGCACGCGCUCAAGACCGUCAAGUUACUAUGAAUUCGCGUUGCGGACUUGCCCAUACUGCAGACUUUGACACCCCCGAAUACGCCACCUUCUCUACAGUCCAGGCUAGAAAAUGGGAAAGCAACCAAGGCAUGGACCCUUAUAGUUAUGGCUAUAAUCGCGCUACCUCGCCAUCGGCCUAUAUGAACGCAAGCACAAUAGUCUAUGAUCUAGUAGACAUGGUAUCGAAGAACGGCAACUUCCUACUCGAUAUAGGGCCUAGGGCAGAUGGCAGUCUUGUCAAGGAGGAGGAAGAUAACCUCCGUGAAGCAGGUAAAUGGAUCAAUACCCAUGCUGAGGCAAUUUUCAACACUACCUAUUGGUUCAUUACCCCGGAGUCUGGGAGCUUAAGAUUUACGCAGACCAAUGACGCCUUCUACAUUCUAUCGCUUGAGAAACCGAUGAACGGCACGCUAGUUAUCGAUGCACCAAUACCUAUCUUGGAAGGGGACGAGUUAAGCGCUGUAGGUGUGGGCAAUGGGACUAGCUUGACGUGGGAGAAGGUGGCAGAUGGCUUGCGAAUUGAUGUUCCGCAGAGCAUCAUCAAAGAAGAAGAGUAUUGCUGGGUAUUCAAAGUGGAGUAUCGUUCUUUAAGUUAGCAUAGACUCACAGCCAACUUGGCCGAAACAAUCUUACACUCAAUAGAAAC